CACCACGCCUUGGCGCCUUGCUCGACGCCCGUCGUACGACAGCUUGCUCCAUACCUAAAGCUCUCCAAACGACUCCGUCGGCUCCGCCGCGGGCGCCACCGCGGGCGCCACCGCCCCAUCGUCAGCAACACUCUGUAGCUUUCGCCGUUGGAAAAUGACUAAUUUGACAAUUUUGAUCAAAUAUGAUGGGAAGUGGGUGAAUUCCUUAUAUAAGGGUGGCAAAACUAAGGCAUUAGUUGUUUCUGAAAAACUUACUUAUGAGGAGCUUCGAGAUAGGCUGUAUGGUCUCAUGAAGGUCGACCCAAAUGAAUAUGGAAUUAUAAUGAAAGCUGUAUAUAGUGGAAAAUCUCAUCCGUAUCCUGCAGAAGUAGUAGAUGAUAACGACGUGGCUGCAUUUAUUUGUGAGAGUGUUGCACGGGACUGGAAAAUUCCAUUGUGCAUUACUCUUGAACGCAGGGUAUUAGCUUCUGGAAGUGGAAGUAAUCAACAAGCUCCAAUCGGCCUUGCAACCCAUACUACAAAAUCUCAUUCAUUAGAUCCCCACACUCAACAUGAAGAACAAAAUUCCUUUGACUUCAUUUCCAGUCGAAUGCCAAUGGACUUCAGUUCAGGGACUCAAGCAAAUUCGGAUUGUGUUGAUGGAUUGAUCCAUGAUGAUUUCGAAAAUGAUAAGGAGCAUGAUAAUAUAGAAGUUGAUGUGGAACAAAACAACCUGCAACUUUCUGAGGUGCCUCAGCCAAACUUGCAAUUUGAUGAUUUGCCUCAUGACAGUGGGCGAUUUGAUAAUAUGUAUCAUGAAAAUAUGCAAUUUUGUGAUCAUCAUCUCAAUCCUCCUAAAUCUCUACCUCGAGCUCGGUCUUGGCGUAAACUCACAGAAGAAACGGUUAAUAGGAUGCUGAAUUCGGGGUUGAAAGCAGGGGGAGAUAUGGAACUAGGUUCAGUGUACAAGAGCAAAAAGGAUUUACAGAAGAUGUUAGCCCUUGCUGCAAUUAAAAGAAGUUUUGAGUUCAAAGUUAAGAGGUCCACGAGAAAGAGAUUUGCUGUUGAAUGUGUGAACGACAACUGCACAUGGAAAGUCCAUGCAACCAAGUCGCCAAACUCGGAUUAUUUCAUGAUAACAAAAUAUGAUAGUCGCCACUCUUGUUCAUCAGAUGCUAAAAAUCUCAGUUCAUUAGAUGCAAAAAAUGGCAGUCACCGACAAGCAAGCAGCUUGCUCAUUGGUGAGUUUGUAAAGUCGAAAUACAAGGGUGUUUUGUGCCAAUGCAAACCGAAAAAUAUCAUUGAGGAUGUGCAGAAAGAUCUUGGAGUGAAUAUAAGUUAUUCGACAGCUAAGAGGGUUUUGGAUUGUGCAUUGAAAGAUAUUGGGGUAUCAUCACCAGAACUUUCUUCUAAACAGAGGUCAAGUGAAAGGUGCAAGAAGGAAAGAACUCUGUCUCAACCCAAAAAAAUGUCUCGUGGAGAAGAGCAGUCUACACGGAAUUGUGGAAAAUGUGGCUCAACUGGUCAUUACCGUAAAACUUGCAAGAACCCUACUACUCUUCAUCUUAAUUCCGAAAGUGAGUUUGCUGCCUAGAACUGGGGCGUGGAUAGCCCUAAACUGUAGUAAAUUAUUAUCUAGAGACAAUGCAUUUUCAUCUUUUCUACUGUUGUAAACUUUUCAUGUUUUCAUUGACACUUUUUAUUAAGCUUUGAAACUAGUUUGACAUAACUUCAAGUAAUGUAGCUGAAACAAAAAGUUUUGAAGUACUUUACUUGAAGCCUUCUGAGCCUGCUGGAAAAAUUUCAAGUAUAGUACAUGAAACCAUUUGAAAAUUCGAAAUGGUUAUGAAAAGACUACUGAAAACAAGUUGAGUCCAACCCAAAAUGGUUCAAGCUUUGCAUUUUGAACGAUGUUGAAGAGAACUACAUAAAACCCAACUGCUUGGGCUUGUUAUGGUUUGGAGUAAGUUUGACAUCCUUUGUAUGUCGUAUAUUCUUACCCUCAAAAGGAGCAGUGCAGAAAAGGGGUAUGAUGCUUAUCAUUCAUGUGAAAAUGAUGUUAUUUUGGCUUAAUACUCCAGCAGUGAAGAAUGGCGUGAAAAAAGGGGCUUUAUGGCUUCUCUAGAUCAACUGGUGAAGCAAAGGCGCUGUUAAGGGUUGCUGUUUUCACUUCAACAAUGAAUUUCCGUUUAACCCCUAAGAAAGAAAAGGCAGAGAAACAUGUGGGCGUCCACUGCUUCUAUUGCAAAAGGGUGUUACAAAAUCGCCAGGCUCUAGGAGGUCAUCUUAAGGUUCAUAAGGAAGAGAUCAACGCAAAGAGGAGCCAGAGGUAUGCUAGCCAUUUCAGCAACUCAGAAAUUACAACUCACAAUGCUCAUCCUUUCAGCAUGCUCCAUCCUGAAAUAUUUUCUGGAGUUGCUGGGAGCAAUCCAAGUAAUCUCAUUGGUAAGUUAACCUCUCCUUUGAAUUUCUCCAAGAGAUUCUACUCCAAUCAAAAUAGCCAGGUGAAUGUGAGGUUUGUGAGCAAGUCCUAUGAGAACAAUACGAGCACCAUGCCUCCAAAAUUUUCAUCUAGCAGUGGUCAUGCCAAAAUCCCAGAUUCUAAACCUUUAUCCUUUAUGGCUGCAUCCUGUUUUACCGCAGUACCAACUGGUAUCCCUUCCGGCCCAUCAUUCUCUUUUGUCAUAAAUGGUGUUUGUGAGCUUAAUAAUGAUCAAUUUCAAUCUUUUAUGGAUGGUAUGCCAUACCUUCAGGCUCACAUUGAUGGUAUAAUUUCAUAUCAUGUGAAAGCUGUAACUGAUCUUGAUUCAGAUCUCCGCUCAAAUCAGUCAGCUGGCUUCAAGGAACCUAGUACUGGUGGUUCCUUGCCUUCACAUCCCAGUCAAUCUUCUGGCCAAGGCGAAAUCGGUCAGUGUAAGACAGAGACUGUCUUAACCUCUAAGAAAAGGAAGCGGUGCUCCUUACAUGAAGCCAGAGGAAGUGCUGAGAUGAUGAAUGCACUAAAAAGGCCUAAGAUCAACUCUGAGCUGUCAAUGGAAACGGAUAAGCCUCCACAUCUCAGUCAAUCUUCACGCCAAGGUGAAAUUGGCCUGUAUAAGACACAAACUGCAUUAAACUCUAUAGGAGGUAAAAGACACUGCUUUGGUGAAGGAGGUGGAAAUGCUGAGAUCAUGAAUGCACCGUCAAUGGAAAGCGAUAAGCCUCCAAAGAGAGAGCUUCUUCUUUUUAAAGAUUCAGAGAACUGCUUUUCAGGAUCAGGAAUAGCUUCUAAUGUGAAGGAGGAAAACCAAACAAAUCUUGAUCUUUCUCUACAUCUGUAGCUUUGUAUCAGCUACAUUACCAAACUCUGAGCGAGCAUGGACCAGAUAAGCCUUCAAAGAGCUUUCUGGAGAUGAAACUCCUUUUUAUGGGUCGCAAAUAACUUUUAUGCGAAAGAGGAGGGCCAAAUAAGUCUAGACCGGUCUCUAAUUUGUAGCUUUAUCUAUGCAAUGUGUUUGUAAGCAGUGAAUAUUAUAAAUAGAUAUGGGUUUGAUAAAA